AUCCUCAAUGCGAUCACGCAUGACUGGUUGCAAAUGCCCGAACAGUGCAAAAAUCCCACAGAACAACUCGACCUGAUCUCAAAAAUGCUCGGUAAAACGGAAGCAUCCAAAGCUCCUCUUUAUCUACUCUUGCACAAUAUUGACGGUCCCGGACUGCGUAACACCAAAGCGCAAGCUGUACUGGCACAACUUGCGGCUCUGGACAAUGUGCAUCUAAUCGCUUCCGUCGACCAUAUUAACAUGCCCAUACUCUGGUCGCACAAUGAACUUGCUCGAUUUUCAUGGAUCUGGGAGGACUGUACAACAUUGGCUGACUACAAACAAGAAGCCAGCUACGCGAACAGUUUCUUCCUACAAAACCUGCUUGGUGGUUUGGCUGGUGGUCUUGGUUUUGGUACCGGUGCCUCAGGUGGCAAGUUAGCAAGCUUGCGCCAGGUAGCCGCCUCACUGACGCAAAAUGCUCGAGACAUCUUUCGUAUGAUUGCCGAGCAUCAGCUAAAUGCUCCGUUGCAUGAGACACGGGGUAAUCAUGUGGUCCAACUAUUGUUCACAGGCAUGCCUUUGGAGGAUUUGUACUGGCGUUGUCGGGACGCAUUUCUCACCAAUAGCGAGGCCACCCUGCGCAUCCAACUUACUGAAUUCCGUGAUCAUAAACUGAUCAACAUAAGAAAAGGCCCAGACGGUACCGAACUGUUAGUGAUUCCUAUGGACAAGGAAGGCUUGACUAAGUUUCUUGAAAAUUUUGAAUCCUUUUGCUGA